ACAUGGGGAAUCUCUCCAACGGAGACCAUGGGCAAGAUUAUCUUUUACGAGGACAAGAACUUCCAGGGUCGGAGCUAUGAGUGCAGUAAUGACUGCACAGACCUUCAUUUGUACUUCAGCCGCUGCAACUCCAUCAGAGUAGAGAGCGGCUGCUUUAUGAUCUAUGAGCGACCCAACUUCAUGGGCCACCAGUAUUUCAUGAGGAGGGGAGAGUAUCCUGACUACCAGAGGUGGAUGGGCUUCAGUAGCUGUAUCCGCUCCUGCAGGAUGAUUCCAGUGUAUCGAGGUUCUUACAGAUUGCGUAUCUACGAGAAGCCGGACUUCAGUGGUCACAUGAUGGAGUUCAUGGAUGACUGUCCCUGUGUGUCUGACCGUUUCCAUCACCGCCACGUCUACUCCUGUAAUGUUAUGAAUGGCUACUGGAUCUUCUACGAGUACCCCAACUACCGAGGCAGACAGUACUUCUUGAGACCUGGGGAGUACAGGAGAUACCGCGACUGGUGCGCCACCUGCGCCAUUGUUGGCUCCUUCAGGAGAGUCACCGAAUUUUAG